AUGUCCAACCCAGCAUCGACACUUGCGCCGUCUCCUGUCGCCGGCCCACGCCUGUCCAACGAACGCUCCAAGGAAGAACUGGAACUCGCCGAACGCUUGAUCGAACACUCACAAGGCAUCCAGCAUGCGCCGCCGAUAGUCGAUCGUCGCACCACUCCGUCGACAGCAGACGGCGGCAGCAGAAGCGGUGGUGAUGUUGAACGCCAGUCCGACGACGGCGGCAGCGAGACGAGUCUCUCGGCGCAACAACAACAGCUCACUCCACAACACUCGCAUCACCAGCAACAACAGAAUCUGCAACUGCCAUCCAUCCACGAACUCACAUGGGUCAAACAAAGGAAACCCUUCAACACGGGCAUGGGUGGAGCGGGUCAAGUGUGCAGUAACUGCGGUACAACGAGAACACCACUAUGGCGACGCUCUCCAGCUGGCGACACGAUAUGCAACGCCUGCGGACUCUACCUCAAGGCUCGAAAUCAAAUGCGACCCGUUAACCUAAAACGUGGAGCCCAAGCAUCGCCAGCCAGCCAACAGCAGCAACAAGACCAACAGACGACUGCCUCGGGCAACAGAAAGAGCUCAUCGCCCUCGGCAUCAGCCAAACAGCUUGGAGGAGCUACCUAUGUCACCGAUACGACGUCGAAUGGUACAUGCCCUGGUGGAGGUCGUUGCAACGGUACCGGAGGCCACGAUGGAUGCAAUGGAUGCCCGGCUUACAACAACCGGGUCAGCAAGACGGCGCAGAUUGCUCUGGCACAAGCAAACGACAGCCGGGCACCAGGCCAACCCCAAGGCCAACACGCAGCUAGCCAGAGCCCGUACCCUCAGGCACAGAACAGCCCCGGACCCAGCCAAGCGCCGGCGGCCAACGUCACGGUGGCCUGCCAGAAUUGCGGUACGACAAUUACGCCAUUGUGGAGACGCGACGACAACGGACACACAAUCUGCAAUGCUUGCGGUCUCUACUACAAGCUCCACGGUGUCCACCGCCCCUCUGGCAUGAAGAAGUCGGAGAUCAAGCGUCGCCGCAGAGUCAUGCCUGCUACUAGCGACCAGCACCUCGCUCCUUUCUCCGUCAACAACACACAACCAAUCUCGCCUCCUCCAGAGCCUGCUGCCCCCAGAUCCGUACCUCCCUUCUAUCCCCAGUCGCAACAUCAACAACAACACCAGCACGCCGACCACUCGCACUCCCAUCAAAUCGUUCCUCCUCAUUCUUCCUUCGAGCCCGCUCGUCUUCCCCGCGCGCCUAUCGCUGUCGACUUUACGCAUUUCGGCAAGCCUUUACGUCCGACAUCGGCCGAACAGCCCGAACCCGCACAGCCUUCAAAUCCACCAGUCUCACGUAAACGAUCCUUCUCGAUCAGCAAUACCUCGGACCAGGCGCGUCAACCUCUUUCGCCAGCAUAUCCUCGCAGCGAUCGUAGUCACAGAAGCGAAGCCGAGAACAUAGACCCUUCGCUCUCUUCCGGUCCUCCUGUAUCUGGAUCUACUACUAUGGUUCAAGAAUACAAAGCUCCACUGGCUGUGAUGAAUGCCGAAGACUUUUCGCCAGCUGGCCAAUCAUCGCGACGGGAUAAAAGAGCGCGAUUGGAACAAGAGAUGGCCAUGAUGAGGGAAGCGCUUCUAGCCAAAGAACGAGAGAUGGCUGAGUUGAGCGACUAA